AUGCGCGCGGCUCCCUCGUGCCCGGCGACCUUCCCCCGCCAGCCCUGCCCUCCCCCGAUCCACUUACUUUCCCCGUCGGCGCCGCCCUCCCCCAAUCCACCUUCUUCCCUCGCCGGUGCCGCCCUCCCCCGAUCCAUCUAUUUCCCCUUCCCCAGGCAUCGACGAACUUUCCCUCGCCUCAAUCUGCAGCGAUGCAGACGAUUGGUAGUAGGGCACGCCGUCCUUCCCCUCUCCUUGGAUUUUCGGGGCGCCAAGACCCAGCGUGAUCUCCGCGGUGCGUGGCACAACCACUGUCUACCGGCGGCGACAUGUCCCCCGAGCUCCCCCUGCCUCCCUGCGGUCAUCCACUUCCUGUCGGGAUCACCGCCUCUUGAUGCCGGCCAGGGCGAGGAGUUGUCCCGGAGUGGUGGCCACCAAGGCUUCGCCUCCUCUGGAUCCGGCGGCCAUGGCCUCCGCCGUCUCAUCUGCUGCUUCCCGUGGCUGUAG